AUGGUUUCCUACUGUUGGGCGAAUAAAUCACUGUGUUACCAAAUUUGCUCACGUCUUCGAGAAGAUGGAUAUCGUAUUUGGGUCGAUGAAAGCGAAAUGCAUGGUUCAAUUAUCGAAAGAAUGGCAGAAGGCAUCGAGAGAUCGGAAUUCAUUCUUAUGUGCAUGUCGAGUGGUUACAGGAAAAGUUCUAAUUGUAAAGCAGAAGCGGAAUAUGCGUUCAAUCGUAAAAAGAAAAUUGUUCCGCUCAUUGUUGAACCAAAAUACACAGCAGAUGGAUGGUUGGGUUUUAUCGCUGGUAAUAAAGUCUUUGUCAACUUUGCCAGGACAAAUGAACAUGAAUUCGAAACUGCCUAUAAAGCCCUUGUCGUCGAACUUCAACGUAACGGCUUACCAUUGUUGAAACGGUCAAACGAUUUAGAAUUUUCUGACAUACAAUUGCAGAAAGCAAAGAAUAAACUAGACCUUCCAUUGUUAACACCAUCAGAAAUGGGAUGUUCAGUAUUGAAAAGUGAAGUGACAGUCAAUGAUCGAGUGCCUACAACAGAAUAUCGCGAUAUUGAGCAGAUCAAUAAUUGGAACGAGCAAAAUGUCAUCGAAUUUCUUCUUGAUCAAAAUUUGAACACUCUUCUUACUGCAUUAAAAGAUGUAUCAGCAUUUGCAGGUCAUUCGUGGUUAAUAUCACCAGAUAAAUUAUUACAAAACACUUUUAUAUCAAAAGAUGAUUUAAUAUCAAUUGAUCGAUCAAAAUUUAACAAUUCGUAUGCUAAUUUUAAUGAAGAAUGUAAAAAAUAUGCAAAUGAUUCUAAAGUAAAAAUAAUUGGUGAUAUGCCUAUCUAUGUUGAUUAUGAUUCAGCUGAUGUUUGGUCAAAUUUUCAUAUAUUUCAAUUAGAUCAUGAUGAUAUCAUGAAACUGACUGUUGUAGCAGUAUUAAAUAACAUAUCAAUCUGUUAUUACUUGACAGGUUGUCCACCUGAUCAUAGUUCAACUAAAGUACAAAAUUGGUAUAUGCCAAUCUAUCUUUGGAAUAAUAAAAAUGUUAGAAAAGAUUUAUUCGAUUGGUGGAUAAAACGUUUGUGUAGAGCAUUUUCAACUGUUGAUUUACUUCGAAUUGAUCAUUUUCGUGGUCUAGAAUCACAUUAUGUUGUACUGGUUGAUAUUAAAACACAAAAAUAA